AUGUCGUCGCCAAAUCGAUCUACUCGCACAGAAGAACAGUCCGGCUUUCAUUCGAGCGAGCCGGCGAUACCAGCGCUUCAGCAUGAUCAGCCACACUUCGCUGCUCACCGCACCGCCCAGUACAUCAACCAUGAAAAGACGGCCGUCACGCCCACGCAUACAGAGGACGAAACCGAUCUCGAGGCUACCACAUCCCAAGCUGGCAUGUCACUAAAGACAGAACAGGACCUUGGCGAAGCGGUGGUGAAAGCACAAGCUCAAGAUGCAAACAUCUAUUUCCCAGAAGGCGGAUUCAAAGCAUGGCUCUGUGUAUUCGGCGGAUGGAACUGCACGUUCAUCACGUUUGGCUACCUCAACGCCUACGGUAUCUUCCAAGACUACUACCAGCAGACGACACUUUCGCACAAGUCGCCAAGUCAGAUUUCGUGGAUCGGAGCAUUCCAGUACUUCCUCAUGUUUGCACCCGCCAUUUUUUCUGGUCGACUCUUCGAUCUGGGCUUUUUUCGACCAGUCUUUGCGGUGGGGUGCCUACUUCUCGUCUUUUCGCAGAUGAUGGUCAGCUUGUGUAGCGACUAUUAUCAGUUAUUCCUCGCUCAGGGCGUUGGACUGGGACUCGGUUUUGGCCUUGUCUUCAACUUGGCUAUCAACUGUCCCGCCCACUACUUCAAUCGUCGACGUGGACUGGCAAUGGGUGUCGUCGCAUCCGGCUCAUCCACGGGCGGCAUUAUCUUCCCGAUCAUAGUUCGGCGGCUCAUUCCGCAGAUUGGUUAUGGCUGGACGAUGCGCGUCGUCGGCUUCUUCGCCUUGUUUGCGGUCACUGUCGCGUGGUUCUCGCUCUCGACAAGACUGCCCCCUUCGAUCGAUGUAUACGACAAGUCAAAGGGCGGAUGGAAGCAGGUGCAGUGGACGCAAUUUUCUGCGUUCCGCAAUCCAGCCUACACAUUUUUCGUCAUCGGCGCAUCGUUUGUCAUGUUUGGCCUGUACAUGCCACUGUCGUUCAUGGACGUCUGGUCUUCGAGCAACAAUCUUCCCGCCAACGGCUACUAUCUGCCCAUCCUCAAUGCCGCCUCUUCCUUCGGUCGGGUACUUCCUGGCUUUGUGGCGGACAAGGUGGGCCGCAUUAACACUGUUUUACCUCACCUGGCAGUUUCGGGCAUCCUCAUUUUCAUCUUUCCUCUGUGCACCAAUCUAGGUGGACUGGUCGUAUUUUCCAUCUUGUACGGGUUCACCUCAGGCUGCUACGUCUCGCUCAUCCCGGCCUGCUCUUCGCAGCUUGGAAGUACAAGCACCGUGGGCACAAGGAACGGAAUGAUGUUCUUCCUCAUGUCCUUUGGUGGUCUCUUUGGAUUACCCAUCGCAGGUGCCAUCUUGGGCCAAGUCCAGCAUCCCGACUGGUGGGCAACAGUAGGUUAUUCGGGCGUCAUGGUGGUCAUUGGCACUGCCUGCAUUGCCGCCGCUAAAUGGCAUGCGGUCGGCAGCAUCCGGGGUAAGAUUUGA